AGCAGUCGAAGUUCCUCUGAAAGUGAAACGAGGUAAACAGAUGAACAGACAAGUUACUCAAAACACGUCGUAGGACUUCGAAGACAAAAAGUAGCUCUUAAGGCCCAAACAGGGAAAAGUUUACCUGAAAUAGAGAAGAGCCUUCCUCCCUUGUCGCCUGUCGGACGGUUGUUGUCACCGGUGAGUGAAAACUUCUAACCUCGGUAUUUAACUUAACUGUGAGACGUCACGCAGACGUUGGCUGAACCGCAACUCACCGCCAAAGGGGGGUUAACUUUUUAUUUUACAUGCUAAAUUAAAGUGACAGUAUUUACCACAGUAUGUACAGUCUAUGAUAUUUACAAACCAAAAGUUUAUAUGUCCGUUCAGCUGAAACAUUUAUCAAGUUGACGUUUGUUCUGGUCGUAUGUUGUUGUGAACUGUCAGGAGGUUUGAGGGAAACUUUUCAGGCGGUGUCCGGGGCUUUUAGUGACGUCACCACGUUAGCCGUUUGACCUGCUAUUUCCCCCCAUUAAAAUGAACCAUUUUUAAUUCAUAGAUUUUACACGAAAACUAGAUUUUUGCUUUCAGAAUUAUAAAUCCAAAAAACACCGAAAGCCCAACAAUUUAAAGUGGAAACAGAGCUUUACAUACACUUAUCACACGAGCAGACAGAUAGAGGAGCAGAGGAAACAGAAAACACUGAGCUAUGAAACCCUAAGAAACCUUGGAAGGGCCAUUUGUUGAUAGCCCUUUGAACAGUGGUUUUCAACUGGUGGGUCCCGACCCAAAAGUGAGUCGCGGCCACGUUCGGGAUGGGUCUCGAACAGCUGGUCAAAAAAGUAUUUCAUGCGCGUCCGAUGUUUGACAUGUCUUUUAUUUUUAAAUAGAUUAUGUUGAAAGGCACUCGUUAUGUCGUGGUCCUCCACAGUUUCUUAUUAAUGUGGCCUGAAUGUAGUAAAAAUACGCUUUUUUUGGUCUUUAUUUUGUGCAAUUUGAAACAUUCACUUUUAUCCAUGCCUUGUUGCAUGGUCCUCCUAAGGUUCUUCUGAAUAUGCUCUAGAUGCAAAGAUGCCUAUAAGUCAAUUUUUUUUUUUAUUUUGCUGGUCAUCAUUUUGUGAAACUUGAUAUUCAUUUCAUAUUUUCUGUAUAUGCAACUUUAGUAGUUGUCAUUGUCAUCAGGUUCAUGUGCUCUGAAAUGCACUGUACUCAAUAACAACGGUAUAUUUAUGUUAUAGAUUUGAGUUUUUAAAGGUUUUUUUUUUUUUCCAAAAAUUAAAUGUGUUCGGUUUAAAUUUUAUAAAAGUGGGUUGCGACUUAAGGACCAUAGAAAAAUGUGGGUCCCAGAGUGAGACCAGUUGAGAACCACUGCCUUUGAAUAUAAUGUUUAUAAGUAUACAGCUGUAUAUCACUUUUUUUCUUCCUGUUUAAAUGCUGUUUAUCUUUUUGUGUUUGCUGUUUUUGUUUGUUUUCAUUGUCACUUUUUCUCUACAAAGGUGGAAAGAUAUCUGAAUCACCACCAGCACAACAAUUCCGUUCCUCUGAUUUUGCUUUAGUCGCCCUUGAACACAUCUGUUUACUAUCUUUUUUAUCUUGUAUUGAUAUCAUUUAAAAGGCCCAAUGGAUGAGCUGAUUGAUAUGUCAUCAAAGUUUCCUUAGAAAUUUCUGAGAAAACAAUCUUCGCCGUGUGUUAUAUGAGAAAAAACGAAAAUGAACAUUUUUAAUAGCCAUGAUAAUUGUCAGGUUAUCCGAUAAAAUGAGAUACGGGAUUAAUGGAUGGAUCAUGGAUCAAUGUUUCAAAAUCAAUUAUCAUUAAUACAAUGAACAAAUGACCAGCAUUGAUGUAUUGCAACCACUUUCCCCUUCAGUUAGACCUGAAACUCAAAUACAGCUUCAUACUUAAUUUUGUGGGAAACCUUGUGGGUAAUUACCAUAUAGUGUCAAGGAGUAUUCAAUUCUAUUUUGCCACUUUGUGUUAAGAGUUGAUCUAAUAACUUGUUAUUCCAAGCUUUGAAAAGUUUAAAAAGUCUUAUUUAGAUUUAUUAUUUUGUGUCUUUUUGUUUUCCAAACAACAGGUUGUCUCUCCCGUCAUUUUUACCUGUAGUUCUGAUCCUUCUGAUCUAAGCUGAUCCCCAGGCCAUGGAGAUGGUGAUGGACAGGGUGAAGCUGUCACGUAUAGACGAGGAGCUGGACUCCUCUGAGGUCAGCGCUCUCUGCUUCUUGUGUUGUGAUGUUGUCACCAGGAAACGCCAGGAGGGGGUGAGGACCACAGAACCUGCACUUUUUUACACAUUUCUAAACCCAUUUCUGUGAUAACUUCAAUGCAUCACUAUGAAUAUACUGCAGAAUUAUAAUAGUAACAUUGAUGAGGGCGAUGUUGUAUUAUAUAGCAUUGCAUUUCUCUGUCAUGGCUCAUAGUCUCAGUCUGCAUUGUGCUUCCAUUGAGUUUUGUCCCUUCUAAAGAUAAUUUCUCUAUUUUGGGCUGUUCUUGUUAAGGUUCGAGAUGCCAAAGAUCUGUUCCUGAGGCUGGACGAAAAAGGUCUGCUGGAGAACAGUGUCUUUCUGUCUCAGCUGCUCCACACUAUUGGUCGAGCAGACCUCCUCAGCCUCCUUGAGACUGACAGCAGGCGAGCAGAAGAAACAGAUGCAAGUCCUCUGUUGUCAGAUUACAGGUAGAUGGAGGGGAAAAUGAAAUGGAGCUGUACGAGAUAAGAAGACGGAGGAGAGGAAUGACUCUCCUCUGUAAGUUCAAGUCCCAGAGAUUCACUGAGUCGGCUAAUAUCCCCCCUCUGCUUUCUUUAUCAGGGUGAUGCUUUAUGAGAUUUAUCAGAACAUGACUCAGAUGAACUUUGAAAAGAUGAAAUUUCUGUUAGACGGCAAACUCGACAAAGUACGACUUGAGGCAUGCAAGGUAAGAGCACAAAAACGCUAUGGUACCCACAGUCCUACAAGAAACAGUGAAUAAAGACAUGAAUUUGUGACUUUAGAGUAAGAAUAUGAAUAAAGAUCAAAGUUAAAAGUGGUUUAACUUUCUAAAUUUUUAUCUUAUUUAUCUUAUCGAAUUAUUUUACAUUUCUCUGUUUCUUACAGACUGCACUGGAUGUGUUUGGUGAAAUGGAAAGAAAGAGUUUACUCUCAAAUCAAAAUCUUGACCUGCUGCACACAAUACUGCAGGAGUUGGACCAACAACUGGCAACAACUGUGUUGCAACACAAACAAAGUAUAACACACACUUAAACUCACACAUGAACACUUCUACAUAAAUGCUUUAUUAUCAUGACAUUUGCGAAAUAAUGUUUGUCUUUCCAGGAUUAACCCAGCCUGCUGCGCCUCCUCAUGUCAGCAUGGAUCACCAGGUAUGUCACUUUAUUGAGUCUGUGAAUGUGUGUUUGUUUAUACGCUUGAUCAAACUCUAAGCCACUCUACUAAGUUAAUUUUCCUCCCUACAGAGGGUCAUUGACACCCUUCAGCCAACUCCACCUUCCAUGUCUAUAAGUGAGACCGAGCCCAGCUGUAAGUUUCUCCUGCUUGUUUUCAGCAGACUUUCAUGGAUUGAUCACUCCUAAUGUCUGCUUUACAGCUGGAAAAACCUCCUCUUCCUCUCAUGCUUUUAUAUUCUAUCAUUCAUGUAAAGAGAGGUAACUCUCUGCUGUUUCUGUUCCUCAGAUGAAAGAGAGAGGGUCUACUCUGAUGCACACAGACACAUUGAGCCUCCUUCUCCUCCUGAUCAGGUUAUUAUUCACAUAAUCACAUAUUCAUAUUCAUCCAUUCCCCAACAGAUCAUUGAUGUUUAUGAUUUGUAUUUCUGGGUGUGUUUUUGUCCUUCAGACAGAUUAUUACACCCUGCGUCAUAAGCCUCGAGGUCUGUGUGUGGUCUUUAAUAAUGAGAUUUUCCUGACGGGACUGGGAAAACGAGCAGGAUCUGACAAGGAUGAGAGUAAGUAUCUUUACAUUUGACCCAGACUCUUUAGCUGUGUCGUACCAGACAGAGUAGGCGAUGCUCAGAGUUCAAUCAGGAGUCAGUCUGUGUCAAAUCAGAGACAGACUUUUGUUUGCAACAUAGAUCUUCCUCUAAUUCUCUUUUAUGGGAAUGGGUCCGUUAUUUGGCGUCACAAAGAAGUCCACAAACUGCAACUCCAUUUUUAUACUGAUUUUGUCACAGAGUGUCUGAAAAUUGGCAAGGUGAAUUGGAUACUUCAAACUAUAAAUAUGAACAUUUCAGCUGCAUGUCUAACUUACGAAUGAGCUUUUCCUAAAUUCCGGACCAUAUACAAAUAUGACAGUGAGUCUUUCACUGGUUUGGAUCUGUAGUUUACUUUUUUUGUUAUUUCCUUGAGCUGAUUUCUCUCAUAAACCCUUACAAUUACCCACAACUUACAUCAUUCCCACUUUUUCAGGGGCACAAAAAUACUCAACUUAUAUUUUGACUUAAAAAACAUGUGCAUAAUGAAUGAAACCUUGGUAUGAUUUGGCAUAAAAUGAUGAUAUAAUAUAAUGAUGUCAAAAAAAUAAAAUAGAUUGUUAUUCUGACACAUUUUCACUUGUCUGUGUUUGUGAUGCAGCGACCCUUCGUGAGUUGUUCAGCCAGCUUGGCUUUACUGUGAAGGUUCAUUCUAACCUGUCUGCAAACGAAAUGCGAGAGGAAGUGAAUAACCUCAGCAAGCGGGAUUUUUCAAAGGAAGAUCUCCUGGUGAGGAUUUCAAACAUGUAUAAUACACCCUAUAUAUUAACAUGAUGCUAAAAAUGGAUAUAUCGUGUUGGUCUGACUGAAACUGGACUCUUAAAACACAAACACAUACGGUAAGUCUGCCUGAAAUCACACUAUGAGCCAAAUUUCCCAUAGCUAGACUACUAUACCUCAAUACUGCAGAUGAAGGUUGAUUUCUUCCUGCACGUCUACACCUUGAUCAGGCUAAAACAGGCAGUUGCAUUCUGCAUGGACUCCACAGUUCCCAAACCUGAACAGAAGAGGUUAAAUAAAAGUGAAAUACACAAAACUGCUGUGCCCUACAGUCAGAAGUUAAAGAGCUAUAAAGUUGUCUGUGUUUUCACUGUUAAACAUAAAACCAGUACACCUCUUGUUCACCUAUCUCUGAUUAUUUUGGCCUGUGGUGAUUUAAAAAAAAAAAAAAGGCGGUGAGUUUUUUAACAUUAAGGAAACAGAAUGAAAUUCAAAUUAAUGUCUUUUUGGCACAAAAAAAAUCUAAAAGACCAUCAGUUCCAAGUCUGAUGAUUUUUUUAUUGUAUUGUAUCUGUAUUGUAAAUUUUGAUGCUGAAACUGGUGGUGUGGGUAGGUGUCGGCCUAGCAGCUACUGAAGCAGUCUUUCUCACACAUUUUCCACAGUAGUUAUUGACUGUGAAUGAUACAGCUGGUUGUCAAAGGACAGCAAGAAAAGAAUUUUGUUAAGGGGAAAAAAGCAAAGCCCUUUUUAUCCACCGGGCUGCCAAUUUUGAAAGUUUGAAAGAUCCUGUACAGGAGCUUUUAUCACAGUGAUUUAAAAAAAAAUAAAAGUCUCACAUUUCCAUGAUAAAAGAAUUUCCUCUUUACAUUUGUUGGUAUUUAAGGUCAUGGCAUCCAGUAAUUUUGUGACCAAACUUGUUGACAAAAAGUGUAACAUCUGUGAUGCUGAAAUGUAGCGGUGUCUCUUUCAGUCAGUCAAAGCCUAAAAAAAUAAAAUCUUUUAGUCAGGUGAAACAUUCAUUCAUUUUGGUGCAUUCUGAUGAGUAUUGAAAAAUCUGCAAAUAACAAGCUUUAAUCUUGAGAAACCCUGCAGGUUUCUCCACAGAGGAUCAUACAGUGUGUUUCCACCAAGCAGUCUGGUUUGGUUCAGUCCAGUUUGGCACAGUUCAAUACGGUAAACCCUGAUCUUGCUUGUGUUUCCACAACAGACUGCACCCUACCAUGACCAAGAGCGUUUUGUAUUUUCUUUUAAACCUUUUAGCAAGAGUCAGUUUCCAAAACCGCCCAUGUGUCUUUAGAGCGGCUGUAUCCUGUUUUAAGCAGCUUGUCAAGAAGUUUCCUCGGUUAAGUAGGAUUGCUUGCACAUAAAACCGUCUCAUGAUGAACUCCUGCUCGUUUCAUCUGAGAGGUGACCCUACUUCUGAACACCUGUCUUCCUCUGUCCUCAGGUGGUGUGUGUGCUGUCUCAUGGGUUAAAGGGAAGUGUCUAUGGGACUGAUGAGGAGGAGGUAUGGAUCAGAGAGCUGACUCUUCCCUUCAGGAGUGGACAAGCUCCCACAUUGGCAGGAAAGCCCAAACUCUUCUUCAUCCAGGCCUGCCAGGGCAACGACUACCAGAGAGGAUCUGUGCCAUAUCCCCCCAGGCCGAGCCAGGAGAGCCUGGUCCAACGGAGCCGCCUGGAGGAAGACGCUGGUUACAUUCAGGAAGAGACGGUACCCUGGGAUGCUGACUUCCUGCUGGGCAUGGCCACUGUAGAAGAGUACAAGUCAUUUCGCCACACUUCCAACGGCUCCAUCUAUAUCCAGGAGCUGUGCAAGCAGCUCCGGAGGUCAGCUGAGAGGUGAGAGAUGACUCAACACAAUCUUAAGUAUGAGGAGUGACAAGUUCUGUGGUUACAAUCAAGACAACAUCAGUCUUUGAUAGCAGACGUAACAACAACCUCUGUGGUGAGAAGGGAGCUCUCAUUGCUUACACAGACUGUGUACAGCAUAGACCCACUCUCAGCAGUGUCCCCCACUGAUUUCUGAAGAGCAGCCAUAUUGGAAAUGCUGACCUCAGCUAACUUCUGUCUAGUGUAGAAACUGGCAUAGAGUUAAGGCCAAUUAAUCUGAAAACUCAAAAAUAACAGACUUUUUUUGAGCAUUUCACACAUUAUUUCAAGUAUCACAUUUAGAUGAAAAAAAGAUAUCAAAAUCCUCGUUUGUAAAAACAGUUCACUUUUCUUUUCUUGGAUUAAAACAUGAAUAAAAUUCAAUACUGAUGUCAGUGAUAGACAACAAACAGCUGGUCUGAUGUUGUAUUUAAAAAUAUCUUUGCUUUUUUACCACCACACUUAAUCUGUGAUGUGUUUCUGAUGUUGUCUGUGCAGCCCAGAGAUGGAUGAUAUCUUGUCAGUGCUGACCCGUGUGAACAGGGAGGUCAGCAAAGGAGUUUAUUUAAACCACAAGCAAAUGCCUGAGCCCAAGUACACCCUCACCAAGAAGCUCGUCCUCAAGUUUGUUUGAGACCAACUACAAUGAUGCAGAUGAACAAACUCCAGGAUUCCACAAGUUUACUGUGUGUGCCAACAUGUUGAUAUGAAAGUGUGUGUGUGUGUGUGUGUGUGUGUGUGUGUGUGCUCUCUUUUUGAACAUUAUUACACGUGUCCUUCUGGAGAAUUGAAUAAUAACCCUUUUUUAAAAAUAAAAAAAUUCACUUCACAGUGUCACGGAUCACAGUCAGUCAUAAAUGUAACCUGCAAUUUCCGUUUUGAUCAAUAAACAAUGUUAAAUUUAGAAAUGGACCCUGUGAUGUUUCUUCAACUUGGGGUACAAUUGAGUUGAAAAGUAUAUUUAUCUAUUUGACUUAAUGCUUGAAGAACUCAACUCAACUGCUGAAAUCUUUUUGCUCUCGUGCAUUUUGCCUGAUGAAGAGUGUGCAGGAUUUGUUUGUAAUGUUCAAUAAAUUCACUCCAAUCCAACACA